AUGAAAGAGAGUUUGGAAGCAUUACAGGAGCGUUUAGACCGCAUUGAGCAAAUCACAGGAUACUUAGAAGAUGGAGAGUCUGAGACUGUUCUGAAAAAGUUACAAGCGCUUUCGAACGAAGUCAGACGGAUGUGUGGGGAUGGAACCACGUGCUCAAGAAUGGUUUGGCGACUUUUAGAGAAAUACGGUGGGAACGGCAAUGUUCAAAUGUCCCAAACCGAAAAAACCGAGCUGGAAACGUGUCAAGAAUCGCUUGCUGAGAUUCUGCGACAGCUGCAAGAGCUUGAACUUUGGUAUCGGGAUGAAGAUCUGGAUCACGUGCUCUCGUGUGGGAUCAUCGAUAGCAGUGUAGCUAGCGGUAGCAUAAAGCUGUCGACGCUUCCACUGCAGUUCGUACAGGUAUCUCAGCUGAUAGUUGGAACUAUGAGCUUGCUCCAACGGUUUGUGGAUCUAAACGUGAGAAGCAACAAUUUUUGGAAUGACACCGAGCGGCGUGUGAGAUCUCUGGAAUUCAAGAUUAGAGCCCAGGAGGAGAGCAGAAUGAUAUGA